AUGGGCGGUGCGAACCGGCGGUCUCGCGAGAGCGCGGCGCGGGGGUCCCCUGGGAGCGCAGCCCGCCGCUGGAGCAGUGGCAGCGGCGAGUGGCGGAUGGAGGGUGCGGCGGGCGAGAGGGCGCCGCUUUUGGGCGCCCGGCGGGCGGCGGGCUUGGCGGCCGGGGCGUUCGCCGGGCGGCGGGCAGCCUGCGGCGCCGUGCUGCUGACCGAGCUGCUGGAGCGCGCCGCCUUCUACGGCGUCACGUCGAACCUGGUGCUGUUCCUCAACGGGCCGGUGUUCGGCUGGGAAGGCGCGCAGGCCAGCCAGGCGCUGCUCAUCUUCAUGGGCCUCACCUACCUGGGCUCGCCCUUCGGCGGCUGGCUGGCCGACGCGCGGCUCGGCCGGGCGCGCGCCAUCCUGCUCAGCCUGGCGCUCUACCUGCUGGGCAUGCUCGUCUUCCCGCUGCUGGCCGCGCCCGGGCCCCGCGCCGCGCUCUGCGGGCCUCUGCGCCCGGUGCGCGUGCUCAACUGCUCGGCGCCCUACCCGAACGGCACGGCCGCCUGCCCCGACGCGGCCCCGCGCCGCUGCGCGCUCGCCACCUUCGCGGGGCUGGCGCUCGUGGGCCUCGGCGUGGCCACUGUCAAGGCCAACAUCACGCCCUUCGGCGCGGACCAGGUCAAAGAUCGAGGCCCAGAGGCCACUAGGAGGUUUUUUAACUGGUUCUACUGGAGCAUUAACUUGGGAGCCAUCCUCUCGCUGGGAGGCAUUGCCUACGUGCAGCAGAACGUGAGCUUCUUCCCUGGCUACCUCAUCCCCACCGUGUGUGUGGCCGUCGCCUUCGUGGUCUUCCUCUGUGGGCAGAGCGUCUUCAUCUCCAAGCCCCCAGACGGCAGUGCCUUCACCGAUGUGUUCAGGAUUCUCGCACACUCGUGCUGGUCCCGGAAGCGCCGCGGAGCACGCCCAGGCGGCAGUGAAGGCAUUGGAGUCUUUCAGCAAUCUUCUAAACAAAGUCUGUUUGAUUCAUGUAAGAUGUCUCACGGAGGGCCGUUCACAGAAGACAAAGUGGAGGAUGUGAAAGCCCUGGUCAAGAUCGUGCCCGUGUUCUUGGCUCUGAUCCCUUACUGGACAGUGUAUUUCCAAAUGCAGACCACCUAUGUCCUGCAGAGUCUCCACCUGAAGAUCCCAGAGAUCUCCAGCCUCACAGCCAACCCGCACACGUUCCCAGCCGCCUGGCUCACCAUGUUCGACGCGGUGCUCAUCCUCCUGCUCAUCCCGCUCAAGGACAAGCUGGUGGACCCCGUCCUGAGGAGGCUCGGCUUGCUGCCGUCCUCCCUGAAGAGGAUCGCCGUGGGGAUGUUCUUCGUGAUGUGUUCUGCCUUCGCUGCGGGAAUCCUGGAAAGCAAAAGGCUGGACCUGGUUAAAGAAAAGACCAUCAACCAGACCAUCGGCCACGUGGUGUACCACGCCGCAGACUUGCCCGUCUGGUGGCAGCUCCCGCAGUACGUGCUCAUUGGCGUCAGCGAGAUCUUCGCCAGCAUUGCAGGUCUGGAGUUUGCCUACUCGGCCGCCCCGAAGUCCAUGCAGAGCGCCAUCAUGGGCCUGUUCUUCUUCUUCUCUGGGGUUGGGUCCUUCGUGGGCUCAGGGCUGUUGGCGCUGGUGUCUCUCAAAGCCAUCGGGUGGAUGAGCAGCCACACGGACUUCGGUAAUAUCAACGGCUGCUACCUCAACUACUACUUCUUCCUGCUGGCCGCCAUCCAGGGAGCCACCCUCCUGCUGUUCCUCAUCGUGUCUGUGCGCUAUGACCGGCCUCGGGUGCGAGGGGAUGGUGCGCCCACCAGUGCCAGGGCCUGACCUGAGUGCGCGGGCCCAGCCGUCGACUGAGGCAGCGGCCGCCCUGAGCGCUUGUGCUGUUUCCUGUGCUGGCCUCCAGCCCCGCCCACAGGAGCGAGGUCAGUGCCUGCCUGGGCGUCCCCAGGGACGGGCAGGCCUGAGGUGUGCUGCGUCCUGCGUCUGUCAAGUCAUCUGGUCUCUGCUGAUCAUCUUCCACAGAAACUCAGACAAACUUGGGGUGUCGGCACCCUGAUUCCUCAAAUGUCACCACCUCCUCCGGCAAGCCAAGUAACGUCCCCUUCUGAACGCUAGUAACACGUCCCUGUACUGAGGAGAGGCAGGCUUCUUCCCCGAGUGGAACACAUUGUUCGGCGCUCGGAGUUCACGUAAAGGUCAUGCUCAUGGCUCUGCAGGGGCCACCAAUCAGGCCGCAGCCAGGUCGUCUGCUGUGGCCCAGCCAUGCACAGGCUCAUCUGUUGCUUGUUUCUGAGACUGCGGACUUGGUAUCGCCUGCC